UUUGCCCAGUUGGCUCGGCUGCAGCGGGAACUGGGCCAUGAGGCCUUUCCACUGGUGCCCCAGCGCUUCUGCAACCGGCCCCGGGGACUGCUGACCGCCCCCACUUUCCCCAUGACGGUGACGCUCAGCCCCGCCCCUGCCGGGGUGGGAGAGGUGCGCGUGGGCUCCCCGCAGCUCCUGGGGGCCGUGGCCGCUGCCAUGGGCGGGGGCCCCGGGCGGGGGGGCGCUGCUGCGGGGGGGGGCCCCGUGGGAACCGAGCGGGUCUGCGGGUGGUCCCUGGGGGGCGGGGACACGGCGGGGGAGGGGCCGCAGGUGGAGCCGGUUGCUCUCAGCCCCAGGCACCGGGCGUGGGUCGACGCCUGCGCCGGCCUCUUCGGGGGCGUCGACAUCUGCGGGGUGGAGGCGCUGAGGGGCCCCGACGGGCAGGAGCAGAUUGUGCAGGUCCUGGGCUCGUGGCUGCCUCUGCUGGGCGGGCGCGGCGCCGAGGACCAGGCCCGGAUCGUGGAGUUGGUGCUGGAGCGGAUGAGGGAGGAGCUGCCCCGCCCCCGCAGCCCCUCCCCCGCCCGGUGCUUCCCAGACCCCCCCAAAAUUUAA